CUUGGAACGGUAGCAAUAUUCACAUUUGAAACAUUGACGCCGACAAAACACAAAACAGUGAAAUCAUCGACAACAGUAACAGUCCAAUCCAAACCAUCCAAUUCAAAACCUCUUACAAUCCGUCCGAUCAAAGCUAGGGUUCAUUUCAAAAGAUGCGCCAAAUCAAUUCAAUCUUCUCAACUCCCACUUGAAUCGAUCCACACCAAUUCUAGUAAUUAUAUAUACAGUUUCCGACGAUGUCGACGGCGAGACCACCUCGUUCUCCGGCCGAUGACAACCCCGUCGACACGACGCCGUUGCUCGGGAGCUCAGUCUCUGACCAGAUCUUCCGAAGCCGCCGCUUCGUCCGCCGCCCGCCGAGCCUCCGCGGCGCCGCGCGGUUCCUCCGCCGCGCCAGCAGCCGACGGAUGAUGCGCGAGCCGUCGAUGCGGGUGAGGGAGGCGGCGGCGGAGCAAAUUGAGGAGCGGCAGAGCGAUUGGGCGUACUCGCGGCCGAUCGUGAUCCUAGACCUCGUUUGGAACUUCGCGUUCAUCAUCGUCGCGGUGAUUGUGCUGAUUAUGAGUCGGUAUGAGACACCGCUGAUGCCGUUGAGGCUCUGGAUCUUUGGAUAUGCGUUUCAGUGUGUGCUUCAUAUGGUCUGCGUAGACCUGGAGUACAAGCGAAGGCUGAGUGAUUCACCUGAUGGUUCGUUCCUUGAACAAAGCGGCGGCGGCGGCGGCGGCGGUGGGUGGAAUAGUGGGAAUUCAGAUUCGAGUUUGGGAAGUGAUGGAGGGGAGCCUGGGGACUAUGUUCAGCAUCAAAAUGAAGAUGAAACCAGUGUUGCUAAGCAUCUCGAGUCUGCAAAUACGAUGUUUUCAUUUAUUUGGUGGAUCAUCGGAUUCUAUUGGAUAUCUGCUGGUGGCGAAAGUUUGACACGUGAUUCACCUCAACUUUACUGGCUUUGUAUUACAUUUUUGGCAUUUGAUGUGUUCUUUGUUGUUAUUUGUGUUGCUGCGGCAUGUGUAAUUGGUGUUGCUGUUUGCUGUUGUCUGCCCUGUAUUAUUGCACUCUUAUAUGCGGUGGCAGAUCAGGAAGGAGCAAAUAAGGAAGAUAUUGAACGUCUGCCCAAAUACAAAUUCCGGAGAAUUGGUGAAUUUGAUAAACAAAAUGGGGAGAUUCAAGAAUCGUUUGGAGGAAUAAUGACAGAAUGUGAUACUGAUACACCCAUUGAGCAUGUUCUUCCUCUGGAGGAUGCUGAAUGUUGCAUAUGUCUUUGUGGCUAUGACGAUGGAAUUGAACUGCGUGAACUCCCUUGUCGUCAUCAUUUUCACUGCACGUGCAUAGACAAGUGGUUAUACAUCAAUGCUACCUGUCCACUCUGCAAAUUCAAUAUACUAAAGAACGGAAAUCAAAGUAGUGGUGAAGACGUAUAGGAAUGCGAGUUUUUAACGAUAAGUUAGGAUCUUCUCGUGUAUAUUGUACGUAUUGGACAUUCUGCUGGCACGUUAACCUUUCCUGCUCAAGACUCAAAAGUGAAGCUGCUCCAGGGCAUUAAGUUGUUUUAGUGUGUAUCCUUGGCGUCGUAGCAAUUGUUGUUCGACCUUGUUAUCUUCUAGUUCUUAAUGUAUAUGGUAACUUUUCUUUGUGCUAUGGCCUUAAGUUUGUUGAAAGCUAAAAUGCUAUAAUGCUUAUAAUGAUGGUGCAAGACCAGCCAGUUCAGCUUUUCUUUU